GCAUCAACGUCUAUUUCAAUGAGGCGACGGGUGGACGCUACGUGCCUCGUGCCGUCUUGAUGGACCUUGAGCCAGGAACCAUGGACUCUGUCCGCGCCGGGCCUUUCGGUCAGCUCUUCCGUCCCGACAACUUCGUCUUCGGACAGACAGGAGCUGGCAACAACUGGGCCAAGGGUCGGGCAUCUGAGGGUGCGGAACUCAUUGACUCGGUGCUCGACGUCGUGCGGAAGGAGGCGGAAGGCGGAAUUCAUCCCCAACGUCUUGGGAUGCUUCCCAUUAGUCGGCUUGAGUUCAAUGAUACGGCAAAGAGACCAUGUUAUUGCAUGCCUCACAGAUCGUGUGUUCAUGUUCUCGGGUAG